UGUUUUUAUCUUCUUUACCCACACAAGCUACUUUUCAGCCAGCCAUCUCAUCGUUUGCAAUAAAACUUUCAAGGCUGAAAUCGAUCCAUACGACGAACAGACAUGGUAAUGGUUUCCUCAAGACUACUUUUCUUCCUGUUCUUGAUUUUUGUACUAGUUUAUCAGGCCACAACCCAGCCAAGUUUCAUAUAUUAUUUCUGUUCAGACAACACUGGUAAAUAUACCAGUAAGAGUAAAUACAAGGCGAACCUCGACCACGUCCUCGCCUCUAUCUCCUCUAACACUGGUACUGACAACGGGUUUGGCACUGAUUCUCAUGGACAAGAACCUGACAAAGCUUAUGGAAUUGGACUUUGUAGAGGAGAUGUAAAGGCAGAUGUUUGCCGUAGUUGCCUCAAUGAUUCUAGAACUGUUCUCACACAACUUUGUCCCAAUCAAAUGGAGGCAAUAGGGUGGUACGACAAUUGCUCGUUGCGCUUCUCAAACCGCUCCAUGUUUGGCGUUGUGGAAAGUGCUCCUAAUAGCUUUAUGUGGAACCCAAGGAACGUAUCCGAUGUAAAAGGGUAUGGCGUGGUCCUUAAGAACCUAUUAAGUGGCAUGAUAAGUGAUGCUGCAUCAGGUGUUUCUCUCAAGUUUGCGACGAGGACCUCAGUCGCCCCCGACAAGAGCAAAUUAUAUGUUCUUGCGCAGUGCACUCCCGAUUUAUCUGAGCAAGACUGCCGUGAUUGUUUAAAUUUGAUUUAUGCACAAAUUCCACUUUUUGGCCUUGGACAGGCAGGUGGGAGAGCAUAUACACCUAACUGUAAUUUCAGGUUUGAGACAUACCCUUUCUUCGACCUUACAUCUGUUGCUACACCGUCACCACCCUCGCAACCAGUCUCCCCUGAGUCCCCUCCACCCAUAAAAGGUAGAAUAAUCCUCAUAUAUCCCAUAUCGAUGAAACCAUAAUUAUUUUUAUUGCGCUCAGCAUAGAUGCUAUCCUUUACAAGUAUGACACGGGAAUUGGCCGGAACGUUGCGUGAUGUCCUCCGGAGUAGAUUGGCUAAUACUUUUUAUUCGAACUGUGAUUUUCUUUCAAAAUUCUUAUCAAUCGAGUCCAGUCGUAUCUGUUCUCUUUUCGUUUCUGUUUCGAAGUUAUUUGUAUAUUACGUUGUACGUGAUAAGUUGUGAUUUGUGAGACAAAUUUGACUGUUCAAGUUUUGUAGUUGGCUUGCCU